GUUAUAUGUGUGCCCAGUGCUGUUUUAUGUUAGUGGAAUUUGUGUUAAUAUUUAAUUGAAAUUAUAUGUGAAUUAGUGGCAGGAAGAGACAAUAAUAAUGGAUGAUUUAGACGCCCUAUUGGCAGACCUCCAGAACUCUAUAUCUCCAGGGAGCAGGACCGCAGGCUAUGGAUCUCUGCGGGCACGAGGAGGCACUACCAAUCAGGAGUAUGCAACCGUUACCAGCCCCAAACCUCGUCCACUUCCCACAUCGCCUCAAUAUGGAACUGCAAAUAAAAUGACUUCUUCCUUAAACAACAACCUUUCUGAGCUAGACACACUCCUCGAAGACCUUUCCAGUUCUAGGUACUCUACAGAGAGAAAGAUUCCAGUUGAGAUGAACGGAACUGCUCCAUCCAAUCUGAGGCCUACCACACCUAAAAGUUCUUCAGUUUUAGAUGAAUUCAAACCACCUCUUCCUAAUGGGCAAGGUUAUGUUCAAAAAAUAAUGAUGGAGGAGAUGACCACUACUACGACGAAAACAAUGCGGCCCACAGCAUCACCUGCAACUCGAGAACUUGACGAUUUGAUGGCCUCAUUGUCUGACUUUAAGGUAUCAUCACAUCAUCCUCCCCCUUCUCUCGCUGAGUCAACUUACGCCAAACCGUCAUCCAGCGGUAGGAAGCGAGAGGCUGCCCUAGAUUGUAUGCUAGGCUCUCUCACCGAGAACAUGUCCAGGCAAGGAGUCACAACGACACAGAAAGGCUGCUGUUCAGCUUGCGACAAACCCAUUGUCGGCCAGGUAAUCACAGCACUAGGCAAGACAUGGCAUCCAGAACACUUUGUCUGCACACACUGCAACCAGGAGCUUGGAACAAGAAACUUCUUUGAGAGGGAUGGUCACCCCUACUGUGAGCCAGAUUACCACAACCUCUUCAGUCCUCGAUGUGCCUACUGCAACGGCCCUAUCUUAGAUAAAUGUGUCACAGCCUUGGAAAAAACAUGGCAUACGGAACAUUUCUUCUGUGCUCAGUGUGGUAAACAGUUUGGGGAGGAGGGGUUCCAUGAGAAAGAUGGUCGACCCUAUUGUCGGGACGAUUACUUUGAAAUGUUUGCUCCAAAAUGUGGCGGCUGUUCCCGCCCAAUAAUGGAGAACUAUAUUUCAGCCCUCUCAAUGCAGUGGCAUCAAGACUGUUUUGUCUGCAGGGACUGCAGGCAGCCGUUUCAUGGGGGAUCUUUUUUCGAUCACGAAGGCCUACCAUAUUGUGAAACACAUUAUCAUGCCAAAAGAGGUUCCUUGUGUGCUGGUUGCCACAAGCCUAUCACAGGUCGUUGUAUAACAGCCAUGUUUAAAAAGUUUCACCCUGAACAUUUCGUCUGUGCCUUCUGCCUGAAACAACUCAACAAAGGCACGUUCAAAGAACAGAACGACAAGCCGUAUUGCCACUCUUGCUUUGAGAAGCUGUUCGGUUGAUUGCCUUCAAAUGUGCCUGGGCACACCAUUAUCUAGUUGCCUGCAACAUACUAACACACUCCUAACUUUGUUGUAUUUGUUAGGUUUCGAAAAUUUAUCAAGCCUAAAUACUUUAAAUUAUCUUUAUUUUAUGAUAAUAGUUAUGUCUUCCUUCGUAUGACUUAUAUUUCAAACGAAUAAUUUAUUGUAUUUCGUUAUAGGAGAAAGGAUGGUUUCAUUGUACAAUAGUUUUAAGUGUAAAUUAUUAUCAAAUAGAUCGUUAUAUAUGUGGGUAUAAGUAAUACUCAACACAUGAGUAUAAGUAAUACUCAACACAUGGGUAUUUAAUACUCAGCAUAUGGGUAUCUAAUCAUCUUAAUACCUUCUUGACAUCAUUCAGCUUAAGUGGAAUUUACCUGUCGGUAAUUCUUUUAGUACUUAAUGUAUUUAUGAUCUUUCUAUGUACAUAUGUAUGGACAUUCGUACUUCUUGGUGAGGAGUAUUUAAAAGUAACUGAAGGAUGAGUUCUAUCGAAUGAGAAAGUACAACAUUGCAGUUCUAUUGUUUUAUAAUGUCAAAAACUUAUACUUUAUAAAUUUGAAUUACUUAUUAGAAUUGAAGUUUUUGAGUUGUUAUCAAACUGUUUAUUAAUUAUCCGAUUAUAGUAAGUAAACUUGUUACUUGAGAUUUUAUCUUCCAAUGGUCAAUAAUUAAUAUUUUUAUUGUCAAUGAGAUGUUGGGUUUUCCUAAGACCUUUGCUUGGUAAUGCCCGAUGAACUAUUUAAUUCUCCCUCUCCCCUCAAAACAAAAAAGAUCAAUCUGAAAGUGUUUCUAAAAAUAUUACAAUUUUACUCACAAGGCCUAAUUUUUUUAAAAUUGUUAUAAAGGAAAGAAUAAGGUAUUACUUCUUAUUUUUCUUACCAAAAAAUGAGGCCUAAUUUGAGUUUAUUGUAGUCCUUAAUUGAAACGAUUGCUAGUAUUCAUAAUAUAUUUUUGUUAAGUAACAUUAACUAGGGGAAAAAAAAGCAUCACAUUCAUUAAAUAUGUUUGAGACCCUGUUAUAAUUUUUUUUUAAAUAAGAAAAGAUACAGUUGACAUUGAAUUGCUGUAAUCUGGUGGAAGUUGACUACAGAAACUUAUAAAAUAAAUUUCUCAUUUUAUAGACUGAUUCAAAAUAGACCAACAUAAAAUAUAGAGAAUCUUCCUAAAGUGAUCAACAGCAAAUGUGUCAAAAAAUUACUUUGUUAUGUGGUAUAAUAUUGUUGAUUAAUAUUUGUUUUAAUUAUGGUGAUGUGUCAUCAUUAAAUUACUAAUUGAAGACUAAAGGGUAGAAACUGGCUAACUCACAUUUUACUCAUUUGACAAAAUUUAACCCAAUCAGCAUAAUUUUUCUGUAGUACUAUUGUUGGUCCUAGAUCUAUUGAAAACCAUCAUUAACACAUUUUGCACUAUAAAUGAAGUCAGCUAGUUUUCACAAUUUUAGUAAAUUGAGAAAUUUUAUCAUGGCAUCACUCUCAGUUGUGGUUACUUCACUAAUUUUGUUGACCAUUUUAAAAAAUAAAAAUAACAUAAUAUGUUACAUAUUUAAUUAGUACCAUGAUUAGUAACAGGUUAAAAAAAAUAAUCUGUACAUAAACCUACAUUACUUUUGGAAAGAAAGCUGUCGCUGAAACAGUAUUCAUUUGCUCUAUUCACUAUAAUUUGAUUAUUAACAUAAAUUCUAUUUAAUCAUUUAAUUUCACUUUCCAAGAACUAUGAAAUCUUGAUUAGUGUUUACAAAUUGAUCUUACAACUUAAUUAAUUUUUAAACAUUAUAAUUACAUGGUUGCUUUUUAAAUGUAUUUCUAACUUCUAACAGGUUUACUUGUUUUUGUCAAUGCUUACAAAAUUGUUUUGUUCACAGACUGGAUUAUGAUUAUUUGAAUGUACAACUAUUUAACAUAUACUUUUAAUGUAUAAAACUGAAAUGUCUAUUCUUUAGAAUGUUAUGUGCCAAUUAUUCUGAUUUUAUAUAACAUCAUUAAUUUCUAUAUUUUAUAUAAAUUAUUGAUAAAGUUCUAUAUCAUAAAAAUAAAUUAUGUUAUAUGGUUAAACAUUAUGUUCAAAGAUUUUUUAAAAUUAUUGAAUAUCAAGGUUUUCCAACCCAUCAGUGCUUAAGUAGCCCAUUUCAUGGUAAUGUAUUAAUUACAUCAUAUUAAUUCUUUGUCAACUUUGUUGUCUCAUUUUUGCCUCCUACAAAUUAAUGUUCCAAGGGCCUUUUAAGGACAAAUUAAUGUUCGAAAAUCUUCCAAGGGCCUCAGAACGUUUACCCAAUGGUUGCUUGUUGGAAACCCUUGGUUUAAAUAACAGUAAAUUAUUUGAAUUCUACUUUUCAAAUUUAUUUUAGUAAUAUAUUGUUGUUGCUAUAAUUUUUUGAUUUAUUUUAUUUUAUAUUACAAUUGUAAUAAACAGUUUAGUUUCUUCUAGCGUGCUCCAAAUUAGCCGCUAUUCUAUUUUUAACUAAUUUUAAUUUAUUUAAUGUAAACUUGUUAUAAAUUGAAGAUUUUUAUGAUUGUAAGGAAGACGUGAUGAAAUAAUAUACCAAUAUGUAUCAAAAUGUUAAUUAAUAAAUAGUUUUAGGUUUUAAUUUAUAUCGCAUCUGAAAAGUAAUCAUUUACAAUAUUUUAAAUUAAGAUUUCAUUUAAGGAGGUUUGCCUUGUUCAAUAAGUGAGCCGUAGUUUUAAAGCAUUACUUUUCUGAAUUAGUCACAGGAGCGUGCGACACAAGUAGUCCUGUGCAGCUCAACUACGUCUUAAGGUUAUUAAAUGUUGUUAACGUCAAAACAGAGCUUAUAUAACUUUUAAUGAUAUACCUAACUUCCACAAUUUUGGUUAUGUGUAUCAUCGAACAUAAUUUAGCCAAAGUCAAAAUUAAAUGAAAUUAAUAACACCAAAGA